AUGGGCUGUUCGCAGGGCAUUCAAACGCCUGAGGAACCAAAAGCCGCCAUCAAGAAACUGGACAAGCUGAGCCCGUGGUCAUCUGACUCAUUGUCAUCUGAGUCUACACGCGAAGAUGCUGAUGACGUGGCGAAUGCAGGCAUUGCUGUGUCCUCAUGGGCUUUGACCGGUCGUGGCAGCCACGACGCCUACGUGAAACAUCUGGAGACUUUCCGGAACAAGGUCGAAAAAACACCGGACUCCUUCACAAAAGAAGUGCGGAUUCGUCGCGCGCGAGACCCAAAGUUCCAGGAGCCCCUCGGCUACGGCUUUGGCAUCUGA